UUUAAGCAAGUUGGUCAAAUAGAACGAGUCUAAGUUUGCAACUUUUAAGGUGAAGGAACGGGAGUGAUUUUUUCCCUUCCUCUGUACACCAGUCUGCCCUAGUCCGUCGAUAUGCUUAAUGUUAGGUUUUUUUUAGGAUUUUAAGUAUUCGUCUUGUUUUUAUGCUCGUGAUUUCCUGCUCAUCUCGAUCUACAGGAAGAGCCAAGGUUGGGAUCGACCCCUUUAGCCAUGUUAGCUGCUACCUGUAACAAGAUUGGGAGUCCAAGCCCUUCGCCUACUUCGAUUUCGGACAGUUCCGCGUCUUUUGGGAAAGGUUUUCAUCCGUGGAAAAGAGCAGCGUCCAGCAGCUGUAAUCUUGGAUCCAGCCUCUCAACUUUUGGCGUGUCUGGGACUUCCAGGAACGGAGCCGGGCUGGGAGACUCGUUCAGUGGGAACAGCUCGACUGGAUCCAGUGCAUUUUCGCUGACCUCCAGUAACUCUUCAAAUUCGCCCUUUGGGAACGAAUAUUCAGUUUUUCCAGCGUCUGUCUCAAACACCUCUCAAGAACCGAGUCACCAGCCGGUGUUUAUCUCGAAGGUGCACACAUCUGUCGACAGUCUGCAGGGUAUCUAUCCAAGGAUGAGCGUUGCGCAUCCGUACGAGUCGUGGUUUAAGUCGCCACAUCCAGGCAUUGCUGCCGGGGAUGUCGGCACCAGCGGCGCCUCGGCGUGGUGGGACAUGGGUGCCGGGUGGAUUGACGUUCAAAAUCCCAACGGAGCUGCGCUACAGACGUCUUUGCACUCUGGAGGACUUCAGACGUCCUUGCAUUCCCCGUUGGGAGGCUACAGCUCUGACUAUUCCGGGUUAAGUCAUUCUGCCUUUAGUACUAGCGCUUCGCCCCAUUUGUUGACCACCAGUCAGCACCUGAUGGAUGGAUUCAAGCCGGUGCUGCCCGCUUCUUACCCGGACCCCAGUCCAUCUCCUUUAACGGGGGCUGGAGGGGCCAUGUUGACCGCGGGUCCCAGCGCUCCCCUUGCAGGAUCUCCCAGGUCCUCCGCACGGCGAUACUCGGGUAGAGCUACCUGCGACUGUCCCAACUGCCAGGAAGCGGAGAGACUCGGACCGGCGGGAGCGAGCCUGCGGAGGAAAGGGCUGCACAGCUGUCACAUUCCAGGGUGUGGGAAAGUUUACGGAAAAACAUCACACUUAAAGGCGCAUUUGCGGUGGCACACUGGAGAGAGACCAUUCGUGUGCAACUGGUUGUUCUGUGGGAAAAGAUUCACCAGGUCCGACGAGCUUCAGCGACACCUGCGCACUCAUACCGGCGAAAAGAGGUUUGCUUGUCCGGUGUGUAAUAAGCGCUUCAUGCGCAGCGACCACCUCAGUAAACACGUUAAAACUCACACCGCUGGAGGCUCUGCGGAAUCGGGUUCUGGGGGCAGCGGAGGGAAAAAGGGCAGCGACACCGACAGCGAGCACAGCGCCCCUGCCAGCCCUUCGUGUCAUUCGCCUGACAUGAUGCAUCCUGCAGAGUCUGUUCAAAACGGCGGACUGGGCUGCCCGAGUAAUUCUAUAGAAUGAGAAGUGAAAGAAGACUAUAAACUUGUAAAAACAAACGUGUACGUGUGUUUCGUAAAGUAAUUAUAUUUACGUUCAACGUGCUUGGCGAAAUUACACGAUUUUGUGGGGCAGCUUUUUGAACUGAUCAAAACGGCUGGAAAACGUCCAUUCUUUUGAAUGCUUUAAUUCACUGCAAAAUGUGAAAUCACUAUGAUGUGUUUUCAGAAUUAAACCUGUGGUUUUCACAUGGUUUGAAAACCAAGAAUAUCGUCAACUGGGGCCAACUUCCCAUAUAGGCCUAUGCAAACUUGCCAACACUUACGUCCCAAAAAUGUCAAUAAUGAAUAUGAUACUGGCGUUAAUGGCGAUUAGGAAACUUCUGGUUGUAACAACAAUCACUAGUGUUCUUAAUCUGCUGGUUCUUUGCAAUUUAGUUUACUUUUAAAAGUACGGUUUCGAGAAUUGUAGGCGUGUGUGAGAUGAGCGUUUUAAACGGUUAAGUCCGGUACGUCAAAACAGAUAGUAAAACACUGUAUUUAUGAUUAAUUAGCGUGUUUCUCGGCAGUUCAAUUAUUUUCACAUUUUCCAUUUGGUGUCUACCUUUGAAAACCAAACUCUGGCACUUUAUUCUCCAGCUCCGCUGUAGGGUAACAUUAUCGGACUUUGCCUGUGGCGAAUUAAUCUGAAUUUUAAAUGAGGUAAUCGUUUCAGUUUCUGUAAAGUCUUGGUGUUGCCGCUUAGGCCUAAUUUGUAGAAUAUAUGUGCUACGUGUUUUGCUUUUUAUAGAGGCAGAUAUCAUAUCAACGGGAGGGCGUCUUCUUUUAACAGAACCACCCUAAGACAUGUCGUAUUUAUUAUCAGAUCAUUCCGGCAUAAUGCACGAUGUUGCUGAAGAUUUGAUAACUGGAAGAUAUUAUUAUUAUCAUUAUUAUUAAACGUCAAUAUGUUUAAUAUGGGUUUGCCCGGGAGACUAAUUUUGUACAGUAUUUCAGUGUGAAUUGAUUUUAAUAUCUGGAAAUAUAUGGGCGAAGUCUACGUCUUACUUUCUUCUUCUGUUGAGAACAAAAUGAAAUUGUAUAUUGCUGUCGGAGUUCUAUUUAUCCACGAGUUGGACUUGUAUCUUAAAGUCUAUCAGAGUCGCACUUUGAAUUUAUAUUUAAAGAUUUUAGAUUGGGAUUCUUUUAAGUGUUAAAUCACGGAUUAAUUUAAUUACGCAUGUACGUGUUUCGGAUAUACCGUUUAGCGAAGAAACUGACUUUCAGAUGGAAACCUGGCAAUAAAGUCAGAAUGAAUUGA